AUGCCUGGGGCGGGUAUUUAUAUGUCUGCUGAUGCAAUACACGAAUUACGUAGUGAUCCAGAUUAUAUAGUUGAGGCAUUAAUGGCUAUUGGGGAUGAACAACCUAAAGUUGCUAGAUCAACACCUAAACAUGCCUAUGUUUCUCAAGAUAUUAAAAGAGUAAAUGACAGAUUAUCUCGUAAUUGUAUUUAUAAAUCUGAUGUUUAUGAAAAAAUGGUAAAUGACUCUUUAUUGGUUUGUGAUAUGUUACAAGACCAUCUAGAUAAUGUUAUUAGUGGAGUUAGAGCUAAAUCGCCAACAGCUUUAUCCUCUCCUUUUACAACGCCCCCAGGAAGUCCAUUUAUGACUCGUUCAACUUCUUUACAUUUUCCUGGUUCUACAGCCCCAAUUAAUCGAGUAACUAUUUCUGUUAGUCCAAUGGCACAACAAGCAAUAAAUCAUCGUUUACCUUCACCCUCAAAAGGAAUUAAUAAUAUUUCUCGUUCUGUUUCUCCACAACAACAAAUUAUCUCUUCUAAUAACAAAAAUAUAUUAACAACAAAUUCAACUUCAUAUUCACUAAGUCCAUCUAAACAACAACCUCCACCUUUACUUCGAGUAACACAAGCCUCGUUUAGAGGUAUUUUAAUUUAUUAA